UAUAUAGCUAGGAGAGGAAUAAAUAUUUUGGAAGGUAGAUUGGUGAAACUAACUAUUUAAAGGAACACAAACCUUAUCAAACCCUAAACUAUCUACAGGAAGGAACAAACGCACGAUUAAUUGGGAGAAUUGCAUGGAUAUGGCUACGGAACCAAGUAAAGACGAAUCUCUUGGCACACCUCCAAAGAAUCAAACUGGGCCAAAAGUGUCGGAUCAAUUUGCGUGGCUGCUUGUGUAUUUCAGCUCAAUGUUGGUGACUGAUUUUGUCUGUUGUUAUGAACCUGAUGAGAGGAAAUUGGACCCUAUCAUACCAUUGUUAUUGUUCGUAGAGGCCUUAGAACCCCUCAAGUGUUUUCUCGCAAUGUAUUUGGCCACUGGCCCACCAAAAGAAUACAAAUUGAUGGGAAGGAAAAUGAGAUGCGCGACUGAUAUUCUCCCCGUGGGCUUUGCCAUGGCUCUGGGCUUUAUUUAUCCGAAUCACAUGGAAUGCGUCUUCGUUUUGACCUGUUGGACCGUGCAAUGCUACAUAUUUGGUAUAUGGUGGGGUGUACAUAACAUCAUCAGUGCUUGGAAUAUCUUAGUGACAAUGCCUGUGCAACUUUUCUCCUUUUGGUUCGUGGCCACCAAGAUUGCCAACACAGAUCAUCCACUCGUGUUCUCUGCAAUGACACUUGGAUUAUGGGCUGCUAUUUCUAUUUAUCGUACUUGUUGCUCUUCUCCUCGCCGUGUUCCUCUAAUUUGUGAAGAAUAUGCCGUGUUACCUGAUCAUUGACUCCUCAGCUAUAAUUAUAUUUCUCUGGUCUCAAAAUAGAGUUUUUGUGUGCAUUUCUUUUUUAAGUGCAAGUGCAAGUCCAUCGCACGUCUAGUUUGCAAUCCAUUCAACAAAUUUGAUCAUACAGUCAUAUAAAUGUUAUACUUAUCAUGAGUCAUAUGAAGCACUUUUUUGGUAGUGAAAUGGUACUUGGAUAUGUCCCUUGCUAAUUUGUUGUAAUAAGGUAAAAAAAAAUACCCCGAGUAAAUUUUAUUCAUAUAU